AUGAGUAAAGCUACAUUUACUAUAGUUGCUGCAGGAGGAACUUCUAUUGUUGAAGGAAUGGGGUCUUUUCAAACUUCCGGUCCAGAUGUUUGGAAUUCAAAGUUUAAAUCGCCAUCGUCGACCCUUGUCUAUGACGGAAAAACCUAUAAACUGCCUUCCUCGGAGAUCUCCAUCACCAGAGACAAGGACGAUGAAGGUGAAUAUCUCUCAAUUAGACAAUUCAUGGAUCAUCCGGUUAUGGAUUUACCACGUAGAUAA